AUGCAUGCAGUUCGUCAGAACUUAAAUACUGAGGAAGAAGUGGAAAAUGUAGCAGACACUGGUUUUGAUUGUAACAUGUGCAGACCCUAUAUGCCUGCGUCUAAUGUGCCUUCCUCAGACUGCUGUGGAUCUUCACUUGUAGCACAAAUUGUCACAAAAGUAAAAGAGCUAGACCCACCCAAGACUUAUACCCAGGAUGGUGUGUGUUUGACUGAAUCAGGGAUGACUCAGUUACAGAGCCUCACAGUUGCAGUUCCAAGAAGAAAACUGUCAAAACCAAAACUGAAAUUGAAGAUUAUAAAUCAGAAUAGCGUGGCCAUCCUUCAGACCCCUCCAGACAUCCAAUCAGAACAUUCAAGGGAUGGUGAUAUGGAUGAUAGUCGAGAAGGAGAACUUAUGGAUUGUGAUGGAAAAUCAGAAUCUAGUCCUGAGCGGGAAGCUGUGGAUGAUGAAACUAAGGGAGUGGAAGGAACAGAUGGUGUCAAAAAGAGAAAAAGGAAACCAUACAGACCAGGUAUAGUGCCUGAGGUAGACAUUUCAAUAUCAUCAACACUUGGUUAAUUAAAGAAAAAUACAAUACUGAAGACUUCAAUUAAAAUUAAAU